AUGUCGGCCGCCGUCUCGAGAAAGCGAAAGUCGCCAGAGCCAAGCAGCCAGUACGAUGAAGCACAUACUCCUACGCGGAGCCCAUCGAAGAAGAAGCUCAGGAUCACGCAGAAACAGAAGCAGGCGUUGAUGGACAACUUGCAAUUAGAAAUCACCGAACGGGCGCGUAAACUACGCGCUCACUACGCCCUCCAGGCGCAAGAUUUACGGGCGAGAAUUGAACGACGUAUAAACCGAAUACCCAUGGCGCUUCGUAAACAGAACUUGGGCGAACUACUCGCUAAGUAUUCAGAGGCCGCCAAAGAGACAACAGACAGCAGAUCCCCCUUUAAGAAACCGAGCUUACCGUCUAAAAAUACAAAGACUGUGCGCCCCGUAACGCAAGCACCGGCGACUUCGACAGCACGCCGUUCCGGGGCCCUGCGCCAAAGUCAUGGUUCUUCUGAUAAAGAAAAUGCUGGAUACCCAGACCUUUCAAAUCAUCCACUCACGAACCCAAAGCAGCGAAGCAAGCCGACUCUACCAGCUGCAUCAUCCCGCAAUGUAUCCCAGCGCACAGAGUCUAACAUCCUAUCACCAAAGUCCUCAAACUCUAGGACUUUUCCGCAGUCACCUUUGAAGAUGUCACCUACCAAGCCACAGCAACAAGAGCCUUAUCAUAUCCGUGCUUUCUCUCCCUUGAAACAUACUAGUCCCACAAAACACAUGAAUUAUGCUGCUACCCCCGCUACCCCUAAGCUUCGGACCAUGAGAGGUGCAGCCGGGGUUCGCCGAGUAACCCCGCCAGACAACAGCUCAGACUCUGCACCCGGAAGAGUCCCUAGGCCAAAGAAGGCCAUGUCAAUCAAGUCGGCGCCUGGUGGUUCGAGAAGGCCUCCUACAAGGCCAGGCACACGCCAAACCAACCGGCAAGUCAGCACCAGCACUACAUCAUCAAACGCGUCAGUAGCAACUGCAGGGACAACGAUUGUCCGCUCGGCGAAAUCUGCUGCUCCUAAGAAGCCCGAAGCUUCUAACACAGCAUCGAAGAAACCGCCAACUUCUAGAGGCCGAGCUGCGACCACUGCUAGUGCAGCAACCGCUUCAACUACCCGAAAAAUCACAGUUGCUGCUGCUAGAAAGGGGCAAGGAGCUGAACAGCCUGCUCCUGGGAGGAGAGUCCUUCGGAGUAGGGUCUAG